GAGCUAAAUAUUAGGACAGAGAACCUGUCUGAUUUUAAGGGUCCAACUGUCAAAUUUGGGCAGUUGGAGCCCUUAUCUUGGCAGGGGAUCUGUGGAAGCAAUUAGAGCUGAGUUUCACUGUGAGCUGUAGUAACAGUGAGCUGAACUCUAGGUGGAUACAAAAUCCAUCUUUUAGUCAACUUGAUACAAAGAAUCUGUACUUUCAGAAAACCUGGUGAAUUAGCUACAUAAAAUCACCAUGGGAUUUUUUCUGUUAGAUAUGACUUCUCUUAUUUUCACUACUGUAGCAGAAUUUAUACAGAAUGUACUUGCCUAUGACUUUUUAGUGCCUUUACUCUGACACUCCUACAACUAAUCUCUUAUGUCCCUGUGCUACUAUUGUUUAUCAUGUGCCUUUACAUAAUGAUCAAAUUUUUGGCAGUUGUGUUUAAACAUUUAAAAGCAAGCAUCAAGCAAGCAACUGCAAUGAGUGAUCUAAUUAAAAGUGAGCUUUCUAGAGACUAAACUAGAUAGAAUGCAAACUCAAUAUGAGGAAUUAUUCAAGGCUAAAGGGACAAUGGCAGAAACUAAAGAACAAGACACAACUAAAUUAGAGGGUGCAACUAAAUCAGAUAAUCCAACUAAAUUAGAAAUGGAAACUGAAGUAUUAGAAAGCAAAUCCGCUCUUUUGUUCCCUCUAAGGGAAGUACCCAUAGCUUCCCCAGAGUGUGGUAUAGUGAAUCUCAUGUGCCACAAAAGGUUUACACAAGCUGAUAUAGACAGUUUUAAGAAAAAUACUCCAUCAUAUGAAGAACCCAUAGGUGUUGUAAAGCAGUUCAAGUAUUUAAGCUUUACAAUCCUCCUUAUUUGGACUUUGACAUUAGCAAUUUUAUUGCCUCCAGUUAAAGAUCCCCUUGAAAUAUAUAUUUUUGGUCUAAUUCAACUAUUUGCCUAUCUUCAUUUUAGUGUCUUUCUUACCUCCUCUGUACACACAUCGAGGACUGAUUUUGGGGUUCAAGGACCAUCCUUGAUAGGGAAGCCAUAUACCUUACCACUUUCAUUAAACUACUUUUACCCUCCAUUGUUUUCUCUCUGCAUUAUGAGACAGUACUGUUCAUAAUGGCCCAUAAACUAGUAUGUAUUCUAACCCAUUGUCAUUCUUUGCAGCCAUCCAUCUCUUUUAGUUUGUCAUGUGAUGCAAAAGCUUUUUGGAGGGAACUGGAAGAGGAUGGAAAAUUGGACUUGAUAUUUGAACAUGUACAGAAUGUACUGUUGUCAUUGAAACAAAAGAUCAAAGAUGGGUCAGCCACAAAUCAAGAGUACAUCCAAGCCAUGACCCUGGUGAAUGAAGCAGUUACAAGUAACACUUUACUCUUGAUAAAAGAUGAUGAUAUAACUGACAGGGACAGUGAACAAGAAAGCAAAUCAAGUAUUUUACCUCCAACAUCACAGGAAGACUCCAAUUCAGAAGACUCAUUGAUUUUAACCGUGGAGGACAUAGCAGUUCUAACUUUGGAAAAUGAAGUUUCAAAUUAUGAAGAGAAAAUACUAGCUUUGAGUCUGCCCUAUCAGAGUCAUGACUGCUGUGAUACAUGUCUGCCGAAAAUACCUCUCACCUCCAAAGUAGAAAACCCACUCAUGAUCCCCAUCUUAUGUCGUUUCCAAAGGCGACAUGCAAAGACAAAUUCUAAUUAUGCCACAUUCCAUGUGAAUUAUAAAACCCCUUGUGGAAGGAGUUUGAGAAACUUUAAGGAAGUUCACCGUUACCUGCUUGAGACAGAAAGUAGCUUUUUAUUUUUGCAUAAUUUUUCUUUCAAUACCUAUGUGCAGUUGAAUAGGAAUACACCGAAGAAAGAAGUCUUUGUUUCUGACUCUGAUAUCAGCCACGGAACUGAAUCUGUGCCUAUUACCUUCUGUAAUGAAAUUGACAACAGGAGGCUGCCACACUUCAAGUACCGGAGGCGGACGUGGCCACGUGCCUACUACCUCAACAAUUUCUCUGGCAUGUUUAGUAAUUCAUGUGACUGCUCAAAAGGAUGCAUGGAUAUAACAAAAUGUGCAUGCCUCCAGCUGACAGCAAAGGGCUAUGAUGAGAGUUCUGCAUAUGAUCAGAAUGUUAAACCCACUCAUGGCUAUAGCUAUAAAAGACUGCAGCAGCCAGUACCCAACGGAAUUUUUGAAUGCAGCCUCUUAUGCAAAUGUGAUCCAAGAACAUGUCAGAAUAGAGUUGUCCAGCAGGGUCUCCAAGUGCGCCUUCAGGUGUUCAAAACUGAGAAGAAGGGAUGGGGAGUCCGCUGCAUAGAUGACAUUGACAAAGGGACAUUUGUUUGCACUUACUCAGGGAGAUUACUAAGCAGAGUUGGCCUAGAAGAAAUUGGCUCUGUUGAUGGAAAAGAGGAAGAGGAGGAGGAGGAUGCUGCUACCAAUGACAAUGGGCCCCCAGCACUUUCAAAGAAGAGGAGAACAGAAGCUGCUUAUUCUGAUCCUGAAAUUGAGUUUGUCCAGGUUGAAGUGGGAGCGAUUCCUGGAGACUCGGAGACUCAGGAGUACCUGAUUCAGCUCAGCAGUGAUGCAAAUCCAUCUAUUCAGGGUGAGAAGUAUGAAUAUGAUCUAAGAACUGAAAACCAACCAGCCACUAGAAGACCUAAAACUAAAACAGCCCUUCUUCAAAAUUAUCGGAAAAAAAGGGGAAUUGUUACCCUGGAGUCUGGUAUAAGCUCAGACGAGGAGGAUGAAGUUCAAUCACCUGAAGUCCAAACAACUCCCAAUAUCAGGGAAGAGAAAAUGGAGUCUAGCUGCUCUGGUGAAAAUUCCAAAGAAAAGCUGUUGACCACAUCUACCGGGCUGGAUAACCAUCAUUGUAAAGCAGAAAGGCUAGUAGAGAACAUAGGUGAUCCACUGGCCUCAAUGUUUGAUAUGAGUGGAAUAAAAGAAUGUAAGGAUCGGGACCAAGUCUCCCACGAGGAAAGAACACGGGAAAGGCAAAAUCAAGAAAUCUUUUGUGAUGAAGAGUCACUAUCUGAAGUACAAAUAGGUGUUUCAGAAUCUAUAAAGAAGUUUUGUGAAGAUGGCAUUUACUUAUUGGAUGCUACUAAAGAAGGAAAUGUGGGUCGCUUCCUGAAUCAUAGUUGUAACCCAAAUCUCUUCGUACAGAAUGUUUUUGUGGAGACUCAUGACAGAAACUUUCCAUGGGUGGCAUUCUUCACAAAAAGGCAUGUGAAGGCAGGAACGGAACUCACGUGGGAUUAUGGUUAUGAAGCUGGGAGUAUACCUGAGAAAGAGAUUCCUUGUCAAUGUGGCUUUCACACUUGUAGAAAAAGAAUAUUAACUCCGGGACGCGGAGCCGGGCACCUCCCCUUCUCCCGCAUGUCUUCCCCAACCCCAACUGAGCUCUCCCUGGAGGAGCCAGGUCUGGCCCUGUCAAUCAUGGCGACGGACGAGGCCCUAAGAGACCCCGCAGGGAUCUUCCAGGAAAGGAUGGUAAAAAUAACUUGUGAUCUCUGUCCACAAGAUGAUGAACGUGGCAUACUGUACGUCUCACAGGAUCUUGAAUGUGUAGCACAUCAAAAUUGUUUGUUAUAUUCUUCUGGACUUGUAGAAUCUGAGGGGAAUCAUCCUUGUUUAAAUGAGGAAGACAGAAAUUUUGAUGUGAAGCUAGUAAAUGAGGAAAUCAGUCGAGGAAAGAGACUGAAAUGUUCAUUUUGCCUUCGGAAAGGAGCUACUGUGGGAUGUGACAUUAAAAAAUGUCCCAAGAAUUACCAUUUCUUUUGUGCCAGACAGGACCACGCCAUACUGAAAGCUGAUGACUCUAUUGGAAUUUACAGAGUGUUCUGCCAAAAACAUGCUACUGGAUCAAGUAACCUUGAUUUGCUGAAGAAGAUGAAAAAAGCUGGACUUAUUGAAAAUCUAUUUGAAGCACUUUUAGAAGAUCUUGAUGGGAUUCAUUCCAAGAUUAAUGACACCACCACUUCCGAAAAAGAAUUACAAGAAAUUGCAACCUCACUCUUUGACUGUGCCAUAUUUAAAAAAACACUCAAGAAAUUGUCUACAGAGACUGUGAUAAAGAAACUUCAGAGGGAACAGGUACAGUUACAGAGGAAGAUAGAAGUGCUCCAAGGCAUCAGAGAACGCAUGCCUCUUCCUCAGGAAGAUAGCAUCAAACAUUCAGCUGGCCCUUGAUCUUUCUUUUUAAACUACAGUAUUACUGUUUCUUAAAUUGAGGACAUAUUAUUUUUAAAAAUGUUUUGUCAUUUUUUUUUAAUGCAGUGACUUCCAAAUGAUUUUUCCCUCUAGCCCAGCGGUUCUCAACCUCUCAAUUUGUAGCAAUGAGAAUACAUAAUGCAUUUCAGGUAUUCACAUUUUGAAUCAUAACUGCAGCAAAAUUAGUUUUGAAGUAGCCACCAAAAUAAUUUUUUGGUUUGGGGUCACCGCAACAUGAGGAACUGUAUUGCGGGGUCACGGCAUUAGAAAGGUUGAGAACCACUGCUCUAGCCCAAGUACAAUCCUCCCUUGUAAUUCUUACCCAUUAGAUCAUGAACUUGUCAAAGACAAGGAUUGUCUUCUGCCUUUUAUUUUCUCUACAUUUAGUACAAUGCCUAGCACAUUGUAGGUGCUUAAUGUUUAUUGAUAAUAAAUCAAUAAAAAGUCAA